AUGAAUGUUUGUAGUGGGUGGUGUUUCACUCACAAUCUGAGUUGUCAUGAAAAUGGGAGAAUCAUAAUAGGCUGGUGUCCUAAUGCCUUUAAUGUUGAUAUUAAGGCUGUGAAUAGCCAAUUUAUCCACUGCUGGGUUCAACCUAAGACAGGGGCUGCUGGAUUUGAUUGUACCUUUGUGUAUGGAUUUAAUGACCAACAAAGUAGGAGUCAUUUGUGGUCCGGACUAAAGCAAAUACACCAAGGGAGGGUGGGUGCUUGGUUAGUCCUAGGAGAUUUUAAUGCUAUUAGUCUAUCUGAUGAUAGAAUUGGUGGCAUUGUGAGAAGGUCUGAGCUUACUCCAAUGCUAGACUGCAUGAAUGAAUGCCAACUUAGUGAUAUUAAAGCUACCGGAAGAUAUUACACGUGGAGUAAUAAACAGGAGGGUGAUCACAGAGUGUUAUCUAGAAUUGACAGGGUGCUUGCUAACCAGAUGUGGAUGGAUAAAUAUGAUAGUGCAGAGGCCCAUAUUCUUCCUGAGGGUGACUUUGAUCAUACACCUAUGCUGGUGUGUGUAUACCCUGAUGUAAGCCUUAAGAAACCAUUCAGAUUCUAUAAUUACUGGUGUCACUAUGAUGAGUUGCUUGUGAUUGUUAGAAAGGAAUGGGAAAUGCAUGUGUCUGGGUGUGUUAUGUAUAGAGUGGUUCAAAAAUUGAGGAACAUAAAAAUAGCUAUUAGAAGGAUGAGAAAUAAGGGCUGGACGGAUGCUGAAAUUGCUGUUAACAGUGCAAGAUCAAAAAUGGUGGCUGUUCAAAAUGCAAUGCAUGAGAACCCCAGGGAUAUUAGCUAUUGUAAUGCAGAAAAGGAGGCUCAGGCUACUUACAAACAGGCUCAAAAAAUGCUCAACUCAAUGCUCCAGCAACAAGCAAAGCUCAAAUGGUUAAAAUGUGGUGAUGAAAACUCAAAAGUUUUCUAUCAAGCUCUCAAAGCUAGAAGAAGACACAACAGAAUUCAUGCCAUACAUGACAUGGAAGGAAACUGGUUGACUAAAAAAAUUCAGGUGGAAUAA